AAGCCUGGCUGGGAUUACGGAGCUUCCCGGCUACUCGGCCGGAAGCUCGGCCCGGCGCCUGGACGGGAGCGGCCCGAGCGGGAACGAACGCGGCCCGGUCCGCGCGGAAUGUUGAAGAAUGUUUGUUCCAAGAUCUUUGAAAAUCAAGAGGAGUUCUAAUGAUGACCUCAAAAGUGGUGAAACUAAAAAAAGUAAGCCAGAAGUGGGAGGCCUUCAGCUGGAGGGCGACAGAAAUACUCCGGUCCCCACAUCUGUCACUGAGGAAGCUGUCACAGCAGACAAGCCCGGCACUAACAGUCCUUCUUGCCAGUUGGCUGAGGUUUCUUCCACAGGACCUGAUGAGGGUGUGAAGGAUGGCCACCCAUCUGAAGAGCCUGUAAAGUCGUUUUCCAAAACCCAGCGGUGGCCAGAGCCUGGGGAGCCUGUCUGUGUUGUCUGCGGUCGUUAUGGAGAGUAUAUCUGUGACAAGACUGACGAAGACGUGUGUAGCUUGGAGUGCAAAGCAAAGCAUCUGCUACAAGUUAAGGAAGAGGAAGGAUCAUUAAGACCCAGCAGCCCACAGAGAGCUGCUGCCGAGCCAGAGUCCCCACUGGAUGCCUUUUAUGUCUACAAAGAGCACCCCUUUAUUGUGACCCUCAAGGAGGACCAGAUUGAAACCCUUAAACAGCAGCUAGGAAUCUCAGUUCGAGGACAGGACGUUGCCAGGCCCAUUAUUGACUUUGAGCACUGUGGCUUCCCUGAGACCUUAAAUCAGAACUUGAAGAAAUCAGGCUAUGAAGUGCCAACUCCCAUCCAGAUGCAGAUGAUUCCUGUGGGGCUCCUGGGAAGGGACAUUCUGGCCAGCGCUGACACUGGCUCGGGGAAAACAGCUGCUUUUCUCCUGCCUGUUAUUAUCCGAGCUUUAUCUGAGGAUAAAACUCCAUCCGCACUCAUUCUCACGCCGACAAGAGAGCUGGCCAUUCAGAUAGAGAGGCAGGCCAAGGAACUGAUGAGUGGCCUGCCUCGCAUGAAGACAGUGCUUCUCGUGGGGGGCUUACCUCUGCCCCCACAGCUCUAUCGCUUACGGCAGCAUGUUAAGGCUGACACCAUGUUGAAGAUGGGCUUUCAGCAGCAAGUGCUUGAUGUUUUGGAACACACUCCUGGUGACUGUCAGACCAUCUUGGUUUCUGCCACCAUUCCAGAUAGCAUAGAACAGCUCACAGACCAACUUCUGCAUAAUCCUGUGAGGAUCAUCACUGGGGAGAAGAACCUGCCCUGCGCCAGUGUGCGGCAGAUCAUCCUGUGGGUAGAAGACCCAGCUAAAAAGAAGAAAUUAUUUGAAAUCCUAAAUGACCAGAAGCUGUUUAAGCCUCCAGUGUUAGUAUUCGUUGACUGCAAACUAGGUGCAGAUCUGUUGAGCGAGGCAGUUCAGAAGAUCACAGGUCUGAACAGCACAGCCAUCCACUCCGAGAAGUCUCAGGUGGAAAGGAGGGACAUCCUGAAGGGAUUACUAGAAGGAGAGUAUGAGGUCGUGGUGAGCACCGGGGUCCUGGGCCGGGGCCUAGACUUGGUCAACGUCAAGCUGGUUGUGAAUUUUGAUAUGCCUUCAAGCAUGGACGAGUAUGUGCACCAGGUUGGCAGGGUUGGGAGGCUCGGUCAAAAUGGAACUGCAAUCACAUUCAUCAAUAACAACUCUAAAAGACUCUUCUGGGAUGUUGCCAAAAGAGUGAAGCCCACGGGAUCCAUUCUCCCGCCACAGCUGUUAAAUUCCCCUUACCUUCAUGAGCAGAAGAGAAAGGAACAGCAGAAAGACAGACAGACACAGAACAGCCUGGUCACGGGGGCCAACCUCAUGGACAUUAUUAGGAAACACGAAAAGAGCAGUUCACAGAAAUGACCCGGUCUGCCACUUCCCACGGGGUUGUUAUGUGUUAUCAUCAAAAUUUCUAAUAAUACCGUAUGACUGAGUCAAUAAACUUGGACAAGGACAGAAGAUUCCUUAAGAUCUUUUUAAAUUUAAUAAAAUUUAUACAGCAAUAUUGUAUUUAUUUCAGGCCACAAUCCUUGUAUUUUAAAAUCAGAAGGUGAGUUGCUAACAGUGCUACAGUCUGUCUCCUCUGGCCAUCACUUUCCAUUGUUUAAAUCAGCAGUUUCCAGAGCUGGACUGCAGAGCCAGGGCUCCCCCAGCAGGGUGUCACUCCAUCCAGUGGCUCCCCCUGUCCUGGCAGCUCAUCCGCAUCAGAGUUAUUGUUGAAUGCUUAGGAAGGUUGCAGUCGUGAAAAAUGCUCUGAGGUGUGUUGAAAAGAAGCACAAAAUGUCUAGCUUUGUUCACGGUUGUUUUCCCUUUGGCUUGGUUAGCAAGCUUUUAAAUAUACU